CGGGGCUCAGAUUGUCUGUGUGAGAACGAAGAAGAAAGGACCAUGGGCUUUCUGCUGCUGAUCCUUCUGGCUCUGCUAGCCUCUGUCCUGGGGGGCUUCUACCUCCUGGGGGCUGUCAGGCAGCGUCGACCCGGGGAACCCCCCCUGGACCGGGGCCCCAUCCCCUGGCUGGGCCAUGUCCUAGAGUUCCGCAGGGACACAGCGAAGUUCCUGGAGAGGAUGAAGGGGAAGCAUGGGGAUAUUUUCACCGUGCAGCUGGGAGGAUUCUACUUCACAUUCCUUAUGGACCCUCGGUCCUUCGGGACGAUUGUGAAGGAGGCCCGCACCAAACUGGACUUCAGCAAGUUUGCACAACAUCUGGUGCAGAAAGUGUUUGGUUACCACUCCGACCACAGGUUUCCUCAGAUGUCCAGCAGCAAGCACCUGAUGGGGGACGGUUUAGUUGUCAUGACACAGGCUAUGAUGAGCAACCUACAGAAUCUGAUGCUGCACAGUGUAGGGACGGGGGAUAAUAACCAUAUGCCCUGGAAUGAGGACGGUCUGUUCAACUACAGCUACAACAUUGUCUUCAGGGCAGGUUACCUGGCUCUAUUCGGGAAUGAGACACCAAAAUCCACAGAGAGCAUGGAAAAAGCCAGAGAGGUCGACAGAGUGGAGUCCCAGGAGCUCUUCCUUGAGUUCCGUAAGUAUGACCAGCUCUUCCCCAAUCUGGCCUAUGGGGUCCUGCCUCCAGGGGAGAAGAGAGAGGCGGAGAGGCUGAAGAGGCUGUUCUGGAACAUGCUGUCAGUGCAGAAAGUGAAGACCAAGGAGAACAUCAGUGUCUGGGUGCGCGAUCAGCAGCAGGAGAGGGAGGAGCAGGGCAUGGAGGACUUCAUGCAGGACAGGUACAUGUUUCUUCUCCUUUGGGCCUCACAGGGCAACACAGGCCCUGCUGCCUUCUGGCUGCUCUUCUACCUCAUGAAGCACCCAGACGCCAUGAAGGCCGUGCAGGGGGAAGUGGAGGAGGUGCUUAAGGAGACGGGCCAGGAGGUGAAGCACGAAGGUCCUUUCAUCAACCUGACCCAGGACAUGCUGCAAAAGACGCCCAUCCUGGACAGCGCCGUGGAGGAGACCCUCCGCCUCACCUCCGCCCCUGUCCUCACCAGGGCCGUGCUCCAGGACAUGUCCCUCAAGAUGGCAGAUGGAAACGAGUACCGCAUCAGAGAAGGAGACAGAGUAGCCCUGUUUCCUUACACUGCCGUCCAGAUGGACCCGGAGGUCCACCCGGACCCACUCACCUACAAGUAUGAUCGCUUCCUGACAGCAGAUGGGGGUAAAAAGACAGACUUUUACAAAGGUGGGAAAAAAAUUAAAUACUACAACAUGCCGUGGGGUGCUGGGAUCACUAUGUGCCCAGGACGCUUCUUCGCCACCAAUGAGCUGAAGCAGUUUGUCUUCCUCAUGCUCACAUACUUUGACUUUGAGCUCAAGAACCCAGAUGAAAAGAUACCUGAUAUUGACACCAAGCGCUGGGGCUUUGGGUCCAUGCAUCCAACCAGAGACAUCCAGUUUAGAUACAGACUCAGGUUUUAAAAAUGGUUGACUGACACAAACCAGCCUUUGACAACAUUUUGACAACUGUUAAUCUGAUGAUGAUUAUUAUAAACAAUGUGCCUAAACAUUAAUUUAUCUAGAGUACAUAGUACAGUAAAAUGUAUUAUUAUAUAUUAAAAUGUGUUACAGUAUUACAAUAACUGGAUAUAAUUGCUGUGUUAAUAAUAAUUUACCUGUUCUCUCUUUGAAAAUUACUGGAAGGAAUAUUUUUGUUUAUGCUUAGAGUCAACUGGAAAGUAGAUAUUGCAUAAUUGAAAGCUGACGUAGAUAGAAAAGAAUCUGUCCUGUAAAGCCGGUGAGUAAUAGGAAAGGGUUACAGAAAGUAUUAGAAAUGCACAUAUGUUAUCUGUAAGUGAACUACAACAAAAUAUAUAAAGUUAACUUUAUCCCAUUACUCAACAAUAUGAAAGCAGACCUUAUUAAAUGGAACAGUCUUAUCAUACAGUACAUCUAACAAGUACACUCUUUCCGAAGGGUUCUUCGGCAGUCUACAGUCUACUUCGGCAGUCUACAGUCCCCAUAGGAGAACUCUUUUUGGUUCCAGGUAGAACCCUUUGGGGUCAAUUUAGAACCAUCUGUGGAAAUGGUUCUACAUUGAACCCAAAAUGGUUUUACCUGGAACCAAACAGGGUUCUUCAAAUGUUUAUCCUAUGGGGACAGCCAAAGUACCCUUUUAGGUUCUAGAUAGACCUCUUCAGAAUGGCAUGGCUCCCAAAGUUUUAGUAUGUAUUCUAGGUAAUACCAAUUACCCAGAAAGUAUACUCGGUCACAACAGACUUUAUAUGGGUAUAUAAGUCUCAUAGAAUAUAAACAAAAGUCUUCCUUGAGGGUGGUUUCAACCUUCCAGACUUGGAAUUGUAUCAAUUCGCUGAGGCUUUUACUUGCCUUAUAUAGUUAAAUGAGCUUAAGAGGAAGAUGUGCCUGCUCAUCCUCAGAAUCUUUUCAUGUAUCUAUUUUCAAAGGACAAAGCUAAGAACAUUAACCUCUUCAUAGUUAAGAAAAAAUAAACAACAUGGGAGAAAAUGUAGCAUAUUCUACAAGAAACAUUAUCACUCCCUAAAAAAACAAUCAUUGGAUAGCUUUUCAGAAUUCACCAAUAAAUUGGUCCACAUGGAAAAACUAAAAGGCAUAGAAACGGUAAAUGACUUGGUUAUAGGAAAUACAUUUAUUUCCAUGACAGCAUUAGAAAGCAAUUUUGGUACAUGAACAUUUAAUAGUUUUAUAUCACGAAAUUUCUAAUUGGAAUCUUUUUUCUUUUUUUUUUUUUUUUUUUUUACAUCAGAGCAAUCUUGAGGGAAUCCUAUUUGAGUCAGAUGGAUGUUCAUAUGAUAGGUAAGCUAUAUAAACCUUGCAGGGAGCCUAUCCAACUGACAAUCUCUUAGAAAAAAAUAUAAACUAUUGGAACCAAGACUUAAAAGGAACUGAUGUUGGCACAAGAUGGAGGGAAUGUUGGAACAUAGCUAAUGAAAUUACAGUAAAUGAAAAUGUACACUUAAUCCAGUGUUAACUAAUGUAUAGAAUGAAUUAUACAAGAGACAAAUUUGACAAAUUCAACAGCAUAAUGGCAGAGUUAUGUCGACGACAAGAAGCAAAAUAGUGCAGUUGGAGGCCAUGUUGCCGGAGAGUGAUGCUGAGGGUGUGAACAUGUUGGUCUGGGCAGGUGUGAUGUAGUUGAUGUUUGUAUUGUUUCAAAACAUUUGAUAAAAUCUUACCCCCUCCCAAAAAAGAAAGGCACAGGUGUUCAAAACCAAGUUGCCGGAGAGGAAGGAAACCGCUCAAGGAUUUCACCAUGAGGCCAAUGGUGACUUUAAAACAGUUAGACUUUAAUGGCUGUGAUAGGGGAAAACUGAACAUGGAUCAACAACAUUGUAGUUACUCCACCAUACUAAAGUAAUUGACAGAGUGAAAAGAAGGAAGCCUGUACAGAAUACAAAUAUUCCAAAACAUGCAUCCUGUUUUCAACAAGGCUCUAAAGUAAUACUACAAAAAAUGUGGCAAAGCAAUUCACUUUUUGUCCUGAAUGAAUACAAAGUGUUAUGUUUGGGGCAUAUCCAAUUCAACACAUCCCUGAGUACCUCUCACCAUAUUUUCAAGCAUAGUGGUGGCUGCAUCAUGUUAUGUUAUGGCUAUGCUUGUAAUGCUUGUAAUCGUUAAGGACUGGGGAGUUUUACAGGAUAAUAAAUAAACAGAAUGGAGCUAAGCACAGGCAAUUUUCCCAGAGGAAAAUAUGGUUAAUUUUGCUUUCCACCAGACACUGGGAGAUGAAUUCACCUUUCAGCAGGACAAUAACCUAAACCACAAGGCCAAAUCUACACUUGAGUUGCUUACCAAGAAGAAAGUGAAUGUUCCUGAGUGGAUGAGUUACAGUUUUGACGUAAAUCUAAUUGAAGAUACAUGACAGGACCUGAAAAUGGUUGUCUAGCAAUGAUCAAUAACCAAUUUGACAGAGUUUAAAGAAUUUUGAAAAGAUUAAUGGGAAAAUGUUGCUCAAUCCAGGUGCAGAAAGCUCUUGGAGACUUACCAAGAAAGACUCACAGCUCUAAUCGCUGCCAAAGGUGCUUAUACAAAGUAUUGACUCAGGGGUGUGAAUACUUAUAUAAAUGAGAUAUUUCAGUAUUUCAUUUUCAAUAAAUUAGCAAACAUUUCUAAAAAUCAUAGUUUCACUUUGUGAUAAUGUGGCAUAGUGUGUAGAUGGGGGGAGAAAAAUACAUACUUAAUAUAUUUAAUUCAGGCUGUUACACAACAAAAUGUGGAAUAAGUCAUGGGGUAUGAAUACCUUCUGAAGGCAACGUAUGUCCUAGGCCACAGUGUGGACACAAAAGGCAGAUGUCUAAAUCAGUCUACUAUCAGUUUACUAAAGUUUUCCCAAAUCCACACUCUACAUGGACUACUCGGAAAAAGUAGCUAGAAUUAUAUCAUGUGGGGGCAAUCAGUUUAAUCCACCCUGAACCACAUAAAAAGCUACUAGGCCUAUUCAGUUAGACUUGUACCCAUUUGUGCCCUUAAAGAGACUGCCUUUAAAAAAGAAACGACUAAUUUUGAACAAUGUCUAUGUGGCAUCCAUAUUAGUCAGAAGCAGUUAUUCUAGUGUCAAAAUUGACUACAUAGUGUAAAUAAGAUACUUUUGGUCAUAAAGUCAGUCUCUUCUAAACUGGAAUUUGGAACAUCCUGUGCGUCACAACGGGUAAAUGACCGUUGGGUUUUGAUUUGUCCACUAAUAUGCGGUGAACAGCUGCGGUGAUUGCUCUCUAUCCAAUAGCAUAUACAUUGAGACAGACCUGCCAAGCAGCUACGACUUUGUUUACAUAAGAUAACACGUUGUGCAUUUUUUUUUUAAACUUGAGAAAUACUGCACCAAACACCUCAGUUAGAUGUAAAAUUGCUCAACUAAAACAUCCUCGGCAAAAAUGUAAAAAUAAAUUGUCACGCCGACUCAUGCUCCCUCCCGCAGGCGCUCGAAGUCGCAGUUCUACUAACCAUCAGACCUGGCAACAAUUAUUAUGCACACAUGCUCCCAAUCAUUAAGCACACCUUGUCAUCAUUUACACUGUGAUUACUCCCGCUUUAUUUAUCCCUCAGUCAUUAGGUAAUAUUGUUCUCUCUCUCUUUCUGUACGCUGCUCAUUUUUGCUCAACAACAUCGUGUCUUUAUUAAACUCACCUACUGCA